AUGUCUGCAGAGCCAGAUCACUCGAAGCACAAGGUCAACCUGACCGAUCCUUCAGGUGCCGAAAAACAUGAGGACCUCGACACAGCAACAGCCAUCCUCAAAAAGAAGAAGAAGCCAAAUACCUUGAUGGUCACUGACGCCGUCAACGAUGACAAUUCCAUCAUUGCCCUCUCCAACAACACUAUGGAGACUCUCCAGCUGUUCCGUGGUGAUACCGUCCUCGUCAAAGGCAAAAUGCGAAGAGAUACUGUCCUGAUUGUCCUGGCCGAUGACGAUCUGGAUGAUGGGAGUGCUCGCAUAAACCGUGUCGUCAGACACAACCUACGGGUUAAACAUGGAGAUGUCAUCACAGUCCACCCAUGUCCCGAUAUUAAAUACGCGAAACGGAUUGCAGUCCUGCCCAUCGCAGACACCGUCGAAGGCCUCACUGGCUCCCUGUUUGACGUUUUCCUGGCCCCAUAUUUCCGUGAGGCCUAUCGACCUGUUCGACAGGGUGACCUUUUCACCGUACGAGCUAGUAUGCGCCAAGUCGAGUUCAAGGUGGUCGAAGUGGAUCCCCCAGAAUACGGUAUUGUUGCCCAAGAUACGGUCAUCCACUGCGAGGGUGAACCCAUCCAGCGUGAGGACGAGGAAGGCAACCUUAACGAUGUUGGCUAUGACGAUAUUGGGGGCUGCCGGAAGCAGAUGGCUCAGAUUCGUGAGCUGGUUGAGCUCCCCCUUCGCCACCCUCAACUUUUCAAAUCUAUCGGUAUCAAGCCUCCUCGUGGUAUCCUCAUGUUUGGGCCCCCUGGUACCGGCAAGACCCUGAUGGCUCGUGCCGUUGCCAAUGAAACCGGUGCUUUCUUCUUCCUGAUCAAUGGACCCGAGAUCAUGUCCAAGAUGGCUGGUGAAUCCGAAUCGAACCUACGAAAGGCAUUCGAAGAAGCUGAGAAGAACUCUCCCGCUAUCAUCUUCAUCGAUGAGAUCGACUCUAUUGCUCCCAAGCGUGACAAGACCAACGGAGAAGUUGAACGCCGUGUUGUCUCGCAGCUUCUGACAUUGAUGGAUGGCAUGAAGGCCCGCUCCAACGUCGUCGUCAUGGCCGCUACCAAUCGACCCAACUCCGUCGACCCGGCUCUCCGCCGUUUCGGUCGUUUCGAUCGUGAGGUCGAUAUCGGUAUCCCUGAUCCUACUGGUCGUCUUGAGAUUCUUCAAAUCCACACGAAGAACAUGAAACUUGCCGAAGAUGUGGAUUUGGAAUCUAUUGCUGCUGAGACCCACGGUUAUGUUGGUUCGGAUAUCGCAUCUCUGUGCUCUGAAGCUGCUAUGCAGCAGAUCCGUGAGAAGAUGGAUCUUAUUGAUCUGGAUGAAGAUACUAUUGAUGCAGAGGUCCUUGACUCCCUGGGAGUCACCAUGGAAAACUUCCGCUUUGCCCUUGGUGUCUCCAACCCAUCUGCGCUCCGCGAGGUUGCAGUUGUCGAGGUCCCCAACGUCCGCUGGGAUGAUAUCGGAGGUCUACACGAGGUCAAGCGCGAGCUAAUCGAGAGCGUCCAGUAUCCCGUCGAUCAUCCGGAGAAAUUCCUCAAGUUUGGCCUUUCGCCAUCCAAGGGCGUUUUGUUCUAUGGUCCUCCUGGUACCGGUAAGACGCUGCUUGCAAAAGCUGUUGCGAACGAGUGUGCAGCCAAUUUCAUCUCUGUCAAGGGUCCCGAGCUGCUGAGCAUGUGGUUUGGUGAAUCUGAGAGCAACAUUCGUGAUAUCUUCGACAAGGCCCGCGCGGCUGCCCCAUGUGUUGUCUUCUUGGAUGAGUUGGACUCAAUUGCCAAGUCUCGAGGUGGAUCUGUUGGUGAUGCUGGAGGUGCUUCUGACCGUGUCGUCAACCAGCUUUUGACCGAAAUGGACGGCAUGACCUCCAAGAAAAACGUCUUCGUCAUUGGUGCCACCAACCGUCCUGAGCAGCUCGACAAUGCUCUCUGCCGACCCGGCCGUUUGGAUACCCUAGUCUACGUGCCCCUCCCCAACGAAGAAGAGCGCGUCGACAUCCUCAAAGCCCAACUUCGCAAAACCCCGGUCGCCGCAGAUGUCGACCUCAAAUUCAUCGCUAGCAAAACCCACGGCUUCUCCGGCGCUGAUCUGGGAUUCGUCACCCAACGUGCCGUAAAAUUGGCCAUCAAACAAUCCAUCGCCCUCGACAUCGAGCGCACUAAGGAGCGCGAAGCUGCCGGCGAUGACGUCAAGAUGGAAGAGGAUGUUGAUGCUGAGGAUCCCGUGCCAGAACUCACUCGUGCACACUUCGAGGAGGCGAUGCAGAUGGCCCGUCGGUCUGUGAGUGACGUGGAGAUUAGGAGAUAUGAGGCUUUCGCGCAGAGCAUGAAGAACUCGAGCGGGAGCAACUUUUUCCGCUUCCCGGCGGCCGAGGAGGCGGGUGAUAAUGCGGGUCAGAAUGGGUUCGGGGAUGCGGGGAAUGACGAUAGCCUCUAUGAUUAA